CCAGGGCGUCGCGUCAGAGCAGCCCGCCGUUGCCCGGGGGAAAGCAGGCGGGGGGUGGGGGGGGCUGGUUGCCAGGCAACGGCGCGGCCUGAGCGGUGAGGCGGGACAUGGCCAUCCCCUUCUCCAACACCCACCUGCGGGUGCCCGCCGGCUUCAGGAACCUGCUGGAAGGGCUGGCGCGGGAGGUGCUGCGGGCCCAGCCCCAGGACGUGGUGGGCUUCGCUGCCGAGCACUUCCAGGCGCUGCUCGAGGAGCGAGAGCGCAGCCAGGCCGACCCGGCCGAGCGGGGGGGCCGCCUGGAGGACCUCUGCGACAGCCCCCCCCCCGCCCAGGAGGGAGCGUGCACGAAGCUGGACGAGGACAUCCUGGACAUCCCGCUGGACGACCCCGACGCCAACGCCGCCGCCGCCAAGAUCCAGGCCAGCUUCCGCGGCCACAUGACUCGGAAGAAGAUAAAGGGCGGCGAGAUCGAGCGGAAAAGCAAGGACGCCGAGUGCGCCAACAGCACCCGCGUGGGCGACCUCCGCAACGGCGACUAGCCGGGCCGGCAGCCGCCAGGCGCCGGCCGGAGCCCCCCCGCGCCGCCACGCCGCCCGCCAGCCGUGGCCCCGCCGCUGGACGCCCGCGCCCUCCCCGCCGUGCCGGCCCCCCCGCUUCGCCCCCCACCCCCACCCCGCCGGGGCCCCGCGGCUCGUUAAGCCUUUUUUAGCCCCCGGCGAGCUGGCCCCCGCAUGCGCCCGCCGGGCCGCCCCACGCCACGCCGGUGCCCGCCGGGUCCCCCCCGGGGCCCGGUCCCGUCCCCCGCGCCGGUGUGCAUGUCCCCCCCCCCGCCCCGGCCGCCUCGGGCCGCCAAUAAACAUCCGCGUGCGA